CAACAAAUCUUUUCUCACUAUAAUAAUAAUCAACUUUACUUCACAUCUUGCACCUUAAUUAUUAUUGCAAUUUGAACCAGUCUCCCCCACUUCCACCUUAUUUUUAUUAUUCAAUCAAAGAAAUAUUCAAACUCUAUAUCAUUCAAAAAAAACAACCAUUAUAUAAAUCUCCUCAUUACAUUACAUAAAACAUAACAUAUAAAUAUAAAUAUAAAUACUUCAUCUUCUAAUAAAAGUAUCCAAAACUUUCCUCUUCUGAAUUCUGAUUUUUUCCAGCACAACCAAAAUUCAAAGAACAAGAUGAAUGACCUAUUCUCUGGCUCUUUCUCCCGGUUCCGCAGCACGGAUCAAGUCUCGCCGGACAACCACCACCAUGUCAUCGAAAUAUCAUCCCCAACAACCGCUCAAAGCGGCGUACACCUCGACAAAUUCUUCGAAGAAGUCGAAGCCGUUAAAGAGGAACUCAAGGAACUCGACCGUCUAUACGAAAACCUUCGAACCUCCAACGAGAGAAGCAAAACGCUUCACACUGCAAAAUCCGUAAAAGACAUUCGCUCCAGCAUGGAUAAUGACGUAUCUGUUGCUUUGAAGAAAGCUAAACUCGUUAAGGCCCGGCUCGAGGCGCUUGACCGCUCCAACGAGGCUAGUAGGAGUUUGCCUGGCGCUGGACCAGGUUCCUCCUCGGACCGGACUAGAACAUCUGUGGUGAGUGGUUUGAGAAAGAAACUGAAGGACUCUAUGGAUAGUUUUAACAACCUUAGACAGCAAAUAUCAUCCGAAUACAGAGAAACCGUGCAACGUAGAUACUAUACUGUCACCGGAGAGAAUCCAGAUGACAAAACCGUUGACCUCCUCAUUUCCACGGGUGAAAGUGAAACGUUUUUACAAAAAGCGAUUCAGCAGCAAGGUAGAGCAAACAUCAUGGACACAAUCCAAGAAAUUCAAGAGAGACAUGACACAGUGAAAGAGAUAGAGAGAAAUCUACUGGCACUGCACCAAGUGUUCAUGGACAUGUCUGUUCUGGUUCAGUCACAAGGUGAACAGUUGGAUAAUAUUGAGAGCCACGUGGCACGUGCUAAUUCGUACGUUAGAGGUGGGGUCCAGCAGUUGCAUGUUGCUAGGAAGCACCAGAAGAAUACCAGAAAGUGGACUUGUAUUGCUAUCUUGAUACUUCUUAUUAUUAUCUUGAUCAUAGUUUUGCCUAUUGUUCUUAAAAAAUAAUUUUGAGACUUUUCAAAAUGGGAUAUUGUUAUAUUAUAAUGUACAAUCUUGGUGGCUAUGACUAGUUCAAAGGUUAUAUGUUAGUCAAGUCAACUCAUGCUGCCUUGACAACUUUUGCAUUAUAUAAAGAAAACUUCGAUUGGUUGGUUUGGUACAUGUUUGAAUAUUGAGAGUAGGUGUUUUCUAGAACCUUAUGAUGGUCAUUGUCUUUUGGGGAAAAUUAGGCCAUGAAUUUUCUCUCAUUUUGGCAUGUGGAUUGAAGGAGAAGGUUAGUUGGAUGUUCAUGGUUGUAUUAUUAUUUUUUAUUAUGUUGAUUAAAUUUAUAUGUAUGGGUGAAUUACCUAGUUUAUGUGUGGUAGGAGUUCGAGUGUUGUGUGCGUUUAUGCCAUUGUACAAAAGAGUUGCACUUUUAUUUUGUUGCAUUUUUGUAUUUUACAAAUAAACAAUUGAAUUGCUUAGGUUUUA